AUUGGUAUUUCAUCAGUUAUCUGUAAACACCUUAGAAAAUCAAAGCAAAAUGAAAUUCGCUGUACUUCUUGUCGCUGCCUUGGCUUUGGUAGCUCCAGCUUUUGGCAGAACCAUGGAUCGUUGCUCCUUGGCUAAGGAAAUGUAUGCUUUGGGUGUACCAAAAUCUGAAUUGCCACAAUGGACUUGCAUUGCUGAACAUGAGAGCUCAUACCGUACCGGUGUUGUUGGCCCAACUAACUCAAACGGUUCCAAUGAUUAUGGUAUCUUCCAAAUUAACAACUACUACUGGUGCCAACCUGCCAACGGUCGUUUCUCUUAUAACGAAUGCAAAAUGAGUUGUAAUGCGUUACUGACUGAUAACAUCAAGGACUCCGUAACUUGUGCCCGUAAAGUUAAGAGCCAACAAGGCUGGUCUGCUUGGUCCACAUGGAAAUAUUGCAAUGGGGCCCUGCCUAGCAUUAAUAGUUGUUUCUAAGAUUUUUUUUCAAUUAUCCGAUUUCUGAUUUUGUUUUUUUAAGAAAAUAAAAUAAAUUUGAAAAAACUAAAAA